AUGGAUGAGCUCUUUGAUGUCUUUGAGGACCAACCUCAGGCAACAAAGCCUUCCGGCAGCGUGCCCAAGCGCCCCAAGAAGGACAAAAGCAAGAAGCGCGCCGCCAACGGUGAUGUGAAGAAGAAUGGGACUACACCGACAGAAAAGAAAGAGGAAGUGACGCCUGCCGAUGAGCCUGUUGACGGAAACACUUCCCCGGAUUCUGAGAGACCCGCAGCCGAAAAUGAACAGCCCGAGACCAAGCGCCUUCGGCUUGACGAAGCGCCUCAACCCGUCCUCGCCGAUUCCUUUGAGACCGAACAGGAGCGUGAGAUCGCUGGAGCUGCCGGUCUGCAGGGAACACAGGACCCGUCAUCUAUGGUAGUCUCUCACCAAGUCCGCCACCAAGUCGCGAUCCCCCCGAAUUACCCCUACGUCCCUCUUUCAGAACAUAAGCCACCAGCCGACCCCGCCAAGGUAUAUCCGUUUACACUCGAUCCCUUCCAGCAAUUUGCAGUCAAUGCUAUUCAACGAGAAGAAAGUGUGCUAGUAUCUGCUCAUACUAGUGCUGGAAAGACUGUUGUUGCCGAAUAUGCCAUUGCGCAAAGCUUGAAGUACAAUCAGAGAGUUAUUUACACCAGUCCAAUCAAGGCCUUAAGCAAUCAGAAAUACCGUGAAUUUGCGGCAGAGUUCGGCGAUGUCGGUUUGAUGACCGGUGACGUGACCAUUAAUCCCACAGCAACUUGUCUGGUCAUGACCACGGAGAUUCUGCGGUCCAUGCUGUAUCGCGGCUCUGAGAUCAUGCGUGAGGUUGGCUGGGUUAUCUUCGACGAAAUUCACUACAUGCGCGAUCAGAACCGCGGUGUCGUGUGGGAGGAGACGAUCAUUCUCCUUCCCGAUAAGGUCCGAUACGUAUUCCUCUCUGCUACUAUUCCCAACGCCAUGCAGUUUGCGGAAUGGAUUGUGAAAAUGCAUAACCAGCCUUGUCACGUCAUUUACACCAACUACCGUCCGACUCCUCUUCAACAUUAUUUUUUCCCUGCCGGUGCUGAGGGAAUUCACCUCGUCGUCGAUGAGAAGGGUGUCUUCCGCGAGGACAACUUCCAGAAAGCCAUGGGAAGUAUUGCGGAUAAGAAGGGCAGUGACCCAGCCGACGCUCUCGCCAAACGUAAAGGGAGGGGCAAGGAUAGAAAGACAAACACGGGUGGCAACGAGGGUCCCUCGGAUAUUUUCAAGAUUGUCAAAAUGAUCAUGCUUAAGAGAUACAAUCCAGUCAUCGUUUUCAGCUUCAGCAAGCGGGAGUGUGAGAAUGGUGCGCUUCAGAUGAAGCAGUUGGCAUUCAACGAUGAUUCGGAGAAAGAGAUGGUCCAAAAAGUCUUCGACAGUGCCAUCGAAAUGUUAUCCCCCGAAGAUCGGGCCUUACCCCAAAUUCAGAAUCUCCUGCCCCUCCUUCGGAGAGGUGUGGGUGUUCAUCACUCUGGUCUUUUGCCCAUUCUCAAGGAAACUAUUGAAAUUCUUUUCCAAGAAGGUCUCAUUAAGGUUCUCUUUGCCACCGAAACCUUCUCCAUUGGUCUCAACAUGCCAGCCAAGACUGUUGUUUUCACCAGCGUGCGCAAAUUCGAUGGAACUAGCCAGCGAUGGGUCACACCCUCUGAGUUCAUUCAGAUGUCUGGACGAGCCGGUCGUCGAGGUCUUGAUGAACGUGGUAUUGUGAUUAUGAUGGUUGGCGAGGAGAUGGACCCUGCAGUUGCCAAGGAGAUUGUCCGUGGUGAGCAGGAUCGAUUGAACUCUGCUUUCCACCUUGGAUAUAACAUGAUCCUCAACCUGAUGCGAGUGGAGGGCAUCUCGCCCGAGUUCAUGCUUGAACGUUGUUUCAAGCAGUUUCAGAACACUGGAAGUAUUGCUGGCCUGGAAACCGAACUGUCCGCCUUGGAGGAGAAGAAGGCCAAUAUGAUUAUCUCUGAUGAGGGGACCAUUCGCGAGUACUACGACCUGAGAAAGCAACUAGAUACGUUUGCCGAUGAUGUUCGUGCCGUCUUUACUCACCCGAACCACUGCUUGUCUUAUAUUCAGGGUGGUCGCCUUGUUCAGAUCAAGCACCAGGGCCAUGAUUUUGGAUGGGGUGUGGUGGUGAAAUAUACGAAACGAAAGGCGCCCAAGGGCUCCACCGAGGAGCUCAAGCCCCACGAAGCAUACGUGGUGGACGUCCUCAUGAAACUUGCAGAUGGGCCGGCUAUUGGUACCAAGACUUUCCAGGACUUCCCUCCUGGUGUGCGUCCGGCGCAGGAAGGAGAAAAAUGCCGAAUGGAAGUGGUGCCUGUUACACUCAAUUGCAUCCAUGCCAUUUCCCACGUCCGAAUCUUCCUCCCGAAAGAUAUCAGUUCUGCUGAUGCUCGCGACGGGGUGAAGAAAUCCUUGGGAGAAGUGAAGAAACGAUUCCCUGAUGGUCUUGCGCUCCUCGACCCCGUUGAGAAUAUGGGUAUCAAGGAUGAUUCAUUCAAGAAGCUUCUUCGGAAAAUCGAAGUCCUGGAAUCUCGCCUUCUGGGCAACCCAUUGCACAACUCCCCUCGCCUCCAAGAGUUGUACGAUCAAUACGCCGAGAAGGUUAACCUGGGCAACGAGAUCAAGGAAGCCAAAAAGAAGAUCACUGAGGCUAUGUCGAUCAUGCAGCUAGACGAGUUAAAGAAUCGCAAGCGUGUGCUCCGUCGUUUCGGCUUUAUCAACGAUGCUGAGGUGGUGCAACUUAAGGCUCGGGUCGCCUGUGAGAUCAGCACCGGUGACGAGCUAAUGCUGUCCGAGCUUCUGUUCAACGGUUUCUUCAACAACUUGACCCCCGAACAGACCGCUGCGGUUAUCAGCGUGUUCGUGUUCGAGGAGAAGGUCAAGGAAGCCCCGCCUUUGGCCAAGGACGAGCUUGCAAAGCCCCUUAAGGAGAUCCAGGCCCAGGCCCGUAUCAUCGCUAAGAUUUCGCAAGAGUCCAAGAUGGCUGUCAACGAAGACGAGUAUGUCCAGAGCUUCCACUGGGAGCUGAUGGAGGUGAUCUACGAAUGGUCAAACGGCAAGUCUUUCGCCGAUAUUUGUAAAAUGACCGAUGUCUACGAAGGUAGCUUGAUCCGUGUUUUCCGGCGGCUGGAAGAAUGUUUGCGUCAAAUGGCGCAGGCUGCCAAGGUGAUGGGCAGCGAGGACCUGGAGAGUAAGUUCGAGACGGCGCUGACCAAGGUCCGUCGUGACAUUGUGGCGGCUCAGUCCUUGUACCUGUAA